AUGAUGGAGCACCGAAAGAUAAGAGGAAACGGCAUAGACAUCCACGUAGCAAUCCAAGGCCCUUCCGAUGGUCCCAUAGUCCUCCUCCUCCAUGGCUUCCCUACGCUCUGGUACUCAUGGCGUCACCAGAUCCCCGGCCUCGCCGCUCUAGGCUACCGCGCCGUCGCUCCUGACUUACGCGGUUACGGUGACUCCGACGCUCCACAGGAGAUCUCUUCCUACACUUGCUUCAACAUCGUAGGCGACUUAAUCGCCGUCAUAUCGGCUUUGACUGAGGAGAAAGUGUUUGUGGUCGGACAUGAUUGGGGAGCUCUUAUCGCUUGGUAUCUUUGUCUCUUCCGACCGGAUAAAGUCAAAGCUCUGGUCAACCUCUCUGUUCCGUUCUCUUUCCGUCCUACAGAUCCUUCCGUUAAACCUCUCGACGGCUUGCGUAAGUUCUACGGCGACGAUUUCUAUAUGUACAGGUUUCAGGAAGUUGGAGAAAUAGAAGCUGAGUUUUCAGAGGUUGGGGUAGAGAGAGUCAUGAGGACUAUACUCACAUAUAGAACUCAUUGCCCACUUAUAAUGCCUAGAGAUAAAAGCUUUUGGGGACCGAAAGACGAAUCUAUUCCUUUGCCGUCUUGGCUAACGGAGGAUGAUGUUGCUUACUAUGUGAGCAAGUUUCAAGAGAAAGGCUUCACUGGUGCAGUCAAUUUCUACCGUAACUUUGACCGGAACAAUGAGCUUUUGGGUCCAUGGGUGGGAUGCAAAAUCCAGGUACCUACAAAGUUUGUGAUUGGAGACCAGGAUCUGGUCUACUUUAUGCCUGGUGUUAAGGAAUACAUACACGGUCCAAAGUUUAAGGAAGACGUGCCUUUGCUAGAAGAGCCUGUAGUGGUCGUGGAGGGAGCGGCUCACUUCAUUAACCAAGAGAAGCCACAAGAGAUCCUCCAACUUAUCGUCGACUUCAUCUCCAAAUUCUAG